UAGUGGGGCAGGUGUGUUCAGGUGGUUUUUGCUCUCCAGGUUCCACCGGUUCCAGCUCCAGUUCCAUUUUCGCAUUUUGCAUUUCGCAUUUCCCAACUGUGUGUGCCUUAAACUGUUUUUCCACAACAACAACUCGAGCCCCAACAACAGCGUCUUUUUUCCGUCGGUUUUGUUGGGUUUUUCUCGAUAUUUUCCCUUUACCCCUAUGACUUUUUCGAGACGUGUGUGCAACAAGAAAAACGAAAGGACAAACAAACAAAAAGGGCAGACUUUAGCAAGAUUUUUGCUGGCUUAGCCGCAAAUUUUAAAAACACCACCCCCAAACCCACGUCGAGAUUUUAUGCAAAUGCACUUGUGUCGGUUGUCCACCCCGGAAAAACUUGUGUUCUUGAUUUGCAAAAGUGAUUUCUAAUUGUUUCGACAUCUUGGUCUAACUUGCCACAAAAAAAGGUCGCGAAAGAGUGAGUGAGAUAGAGAAAAAAGGAGGGAGAAAGAGCUAAGCGGAGUAUGUCAAUGUCAUUGGCCCAAGUGCGUCUGAAUUGCUAAAGGAUUUCCCCUGAGUCUUUGAUUUCUGAACAUGGAUACUUAAAAAAGUCUAGUUUAAUGACGUCACUGCUGGAGAUUAUCAUGCGAUCGAAAGCGCUUGCUAGGAAAUUUAAUCAGGGCUCCAGCGGCGACGACUUCGAUCCAAGUGCGAGUGUUGUGCGUCACCAUCAUCAUCUCCAUCACCUGGAUCUGAGUGCCAGGAGCCAGGCCUUCAACCAGCUGCCUGAGCCAAUUGAGGAUUCCUUUGCCGCCCGCCAUCGUUUGCCGCAGCAGGAUCCCGUGGAAGGAUCUCCCACGAGGCGGGAUCAUCGGGAUCUUAGGGAUAUUCAGGACCAGGAGCUCCUGCAUCAUCCCAAUCAUCUCCAGCAGCAGCAGUUCCAGCGACAACAGCCACCGCCUCCCACGCUGCCACUGUCCGUGGAGUCCUCCUCCGCCGCCACCGACGGCAUGGAGGCCUACCUCAAGGAGCGCGCCCAGGCGGAGCACAUCCUCCAGGAGUGGGUAAGGAGGCGCGAACCCGUCUGUGAUCUGGACAUCCGUGAUACCGGCGGUGUCUACGCGAAGACGCCGCUGGAGAGGGGCACCCGCUACGGACCCUUCCCCAUGAAGCUCUGCCAUCAGCCCAACGAUCCGCAGCUGGCAUGGAAGGCCAAUGGUAGACAUUAUAAUGGAUGGCUAGAGCCCACAGACGAUGUGUCCACGUGGUUGAAAAAAAUCCGAAAUGUUCAGGAUGAUGGCAACGGCGAGGCUAAUUUACAGAGUUACAUUAAUGGCGGUUAUCUGUGGUACGAGACGAAUCGGUUUGUGAAUGCUGGCAGUGAAAUGGUCGUCGACGGGCGACCCAAGAGUCCGGUUCAACUAAAUGAGAACUUUAUGAACGGCGGUAAGGUCCUGGCGGCAGCGGCGGUAGCAGCAGCCGCCGCAGUUGCAGCCGUCUCCUCCUCGGGACCCAAGAGCGGGGGAGGGGGGAGCUCCCUGCCCAGCGAUGAUCGCAGCGAUCGUGAUAAUGGCUCUUUGUACAGUGGUGACGAAUUCUCCAAAGAUAAGAAAAACACCUCGCUAAUCAGCCAGGGAGAUAUCGAUUUCACAGACGACGAAAACGGUUUCGAUAUACGCUGUGAGGUCUGUGAUAAAGUCUAUCCGGAUUUAGAACUCUUGGACGACCAUCUGGUGGGCGCUCAUCAUUUCAAGCAGGACGAAUUCCAAUGCAAGCAAUGCACAGUGCGAUUCUGCCAUCGUCCUUUGCUGAUCAAACACGAAGCAAUCUCCCACAAUAAUAUACGGAAAUAUUCCUGCGAGAAUUGCAGCAAGGUAUUUUGUGACCCCUCGAAUUUACAGCGGCAUAUUCGCGCCUAUCACGUCGGAGCUCGCUGUCAUCCGUGUCCGGAGUGCGGGAAAACGUUUGGAACCUCGUCGGGCCUGAAGCAGCACCAGCACAUCCACAGUUCCAUAAAGCCCUUCUCCUGCGAGGUGUGCGCCAAGGCGUAUACGCAAUUCUCGAACCUGUGCCGACACAAGCGCAUGCACGCCACCUGUCGGAUGCAGAUGAAGUGCGACAAGUGCAACCAGAGUUUCAGCACCCUAACCUCCCUGACCAAACACAAAAAGUUCUGUGAUUCCACGGGUCCUGUGUACCGCAAUCAGCACGUGAAUCGCCACCAUCCGCAUCCACUUACGCAUCAGCAACAUUUAAACGCAACUGCCACAUCCACCGGUCCAGCGCCACUAAGGGAAUCCACGGAAUCCUCGGCCUCAGCAGCUGCUGCCACCGUUGCCGCCAUGUCGACACCGACACCGAAUCCCUUCCUAAUGUUCCGCACCGCACCACCAUUCUUUCCCGGAUUUGCGCCCUACGGAUUUUCCGCCUUUAUGCCACAAAACAUGCAUCCCACGAACAUUCCCAUGUUCUUCUCGAAAAAUCCCAUGGAAAUGGCAUGCGGCGGUGGACCCGAGAUCACAUCUCCGAUUUCCGCCUUUGAUCAGAAAUUACCAUUUGGUUUUCUAAAUGGUGAGGCCAGCAAUACGCAGGCUUAUGACAAGGUGAAGGAAAAGGAGAUGGCCUUCCAAUCGGAGGAGAAACUCAAGAAGGAACCACUCCUGCAGGUUUCCGAGGGCGAAGACGACGAGAGUCGCAGUUCCCUGGACAUUAAGAUGAAAUUGGAAGAUGAGAAAACUGAUACAAAGUCAGAGGAUCAGAACGAAAUGAAGCGGGAGCCCGAGAGGGUACACAGUCCCGACCAGCAACAGGCGGAAGAUGAUAGGAAAUCCAUUGACAUUGUGAGUACGCCACCGCCUGCAGACACACCUUCUGGAGGAGAUGCACCUCUGGACCUUUCGAUCUGUCGCAAGCGCUCACCUGCCUCCUUCCUCUACGUCCCCUUGGAAGAGAACAUCCUGAGUUUUAUGCCGCGAAUCCACGAUUUUGAAGCCGAAAGGGAACCCCCGCCAAAAAUGCGAAAGUCGCACAGUUCGGCAGAGUCGUCCAUUUCGCAGAAGUCCUUCAAGGGCAGCAGUCCCACGCCCACGCCCACCGCCUCGCCGGGCCUCACCCCCUCCCCCUCGCCGCCCACAAGUGCGGGUGGUGAGCUGAGCAGCACAUCCGAGGGGGGUGGUGGCGGAGCGGUAGCAGGAGCGGUUGCAGCAGCGGCAGCGGCGGCGGCGGCGGCAGGAGCAGCGGACUUAAACGCUCUGGCCCAUCUAGCCCAUCCGCAGAACCAGCCCACCAUACAUCCGCUGUUUCUGGAGGAGAUCUACCGCUCGGGGUUUCCUUUUUUAUGCCCAACGGGCGGACGGCGCAGCAUUGAGGCGCUGCUGGCGGGAGCCGCCAGUGCAGCUGCCCCAAAGCGGCCGCUUCCGCCCGUGAAAUUCUCAACGGGACUGAAAACGAAGGAUCGUUAUUGCUGCAAGUUCUGCGGCAAGGUGUUCCCCCGAUCGGCCAAUUUGACACGGCAUCUGAGGACUCACACCGGCGAGCAGCCGUAUCCGUGCAAAUAUUGCGAUCGGGCCUUUAGUAUUUCCUCGAACCUGCAGCGCCACGUGAGGAAUAUCCACAAUAAGGAGCGUCCCUUUCGCUGCGAACUCUGCGACAGAUCCUUUGGCCAGCAGACGAAUCUCGAUCGGCAUGUGAAGAAGCACGAGUCGGAGGGCAACAAUUUCCGGGAUUCGCCCAGUUCGAAUGGUAUUGCCGAAAGGGAGGAAUACUUCGAAGAUAUACGCAAGUUCAUGAAUAGGGUCUACACACCGAAUAGUUUGGCCGGUAAUGAAGGGGAUACCGAGGAGUAUCCCAAUAGCGAUGAUCAGUCGGUGAACCUGGAAAAGGACAGCAGCAACUUCAACAACAACAGCAGCAACAUCAGCAACAAUAACAACAGCAGCAGCACCGGCAACAACACCUCCAAGGCCAUUACAAUAAGCUCUUAGAAAUGAAAAGAACAGAAAAAAACAGAAGAAAGAGACGAGACCUUUCCUUGUUGUUAGACGAAAAACUUACUUUAACUCUUACUUAAGCGUGCCUCCGAGAGGGAAAACCUAUCUUUAAGUAGUUACCAUUUCCACACAACUUGUACUAAACAAACCACUAAACAUUAGCUAUGCAAUCAAUGGAAAAAGACGGUGAAGCAUCAAAACAUAAACUACAAAACAAGUAAAUACAAUUUAAAGGGAAAAACUUUAUAAACUAUAUACUAUACAUACUUGAACCCACUCUAAAACCACCUUAAAAGUGUAGCUAAUUUAAACAUCUGUACAUAGACAUAUGCAAGUCUUAACUUAGUGAGUCGAUUUCAACUACUUUGAAACUCUGUGGAUUAUAUAAAUAAAUAUAUAUAUGGAUAUUUUGAUUGUACGUGUAUAGGCUUUAUAUGUAUACAUAAAUCUAUAUGUGUAAAUCGAUUUAUAACGUACGCCGUAAGUCUAACAUAUUUAUAGAGCUAAUUAUUGCAAUUCUCAACAACAUGAAAACCAGAAACACAAAAUCAAUUUUAUAACAUUUACUUAACGUUUAAUUAUAUUAUUAUUAUUAUUAUAUAUAUGGAAAACCAGACAAGAUCGUUAUGAAAAC